CUGCACAGCACGGACAUCGAAUAGAUGGUCCUCGUACACGCGUCGUGGUAUCAACCUUUCGCGUCCAGAGCGCCGUGGCGGAGGGGGUGGUGGUGCUCGUCGGUCGAGAGCCAUCUCGCCCUCAUCGAUCGGCAUGAGUUCCAUAUCUGCAUCGCUCGGCUGGGGGGCUGCUGGGCCUGACGCCGGGUUGGCAUCCAUCCCAUCCACAUCCAUGUGGUCGUGCUCUGGGUUGCUGGCUCUCGGCUGCCCGUCCAUUUGGACGUCGCCUGCCCCACUCGGCCCAUCGUACGACUCAUCCCCGCCUGCCUGCACAUGGCCUUGCUGAUCGAGGUUACCCACCUCCUCCAGCUCAUCGGGCUCAACAUCCCUUAUCUCUGGCUUCUCGGCAACAAUCAGGUCGCUCUCAGGGUUGACUAUUACAUCCCCUCUUCGAGCCGAUUGGUGCGCUAAGUCAGCCGGUCCAUCCCCUCUUUGCGCGUGGUCGUCGACAAGCUCAGGGCGGGCCUGGAGAGGUUCACCGAGUCUAUGGGUGGCCUCCCAGCUGGCCGGCACGAGCCGUCGAUGCCAGGUACGCUUCUCGAGGAAACGAACAUCACGCGAGAUGAUGACGCGUCGUGUUUUGGGGUUCCACAUGCGAUAGGCAUCCUUGGUUCGACCAUCAUAGCCUAUCAGCAGCAUGGGAACUGCCCUGGCCGCAAACUUGUGUGCUCUGAAGGGCUUCCGCACAUGAACACAGCCAAGACAGCCCCACACACGCACAUGGCCCAGGUAAGGCCGGCGGCCAUGCCACAUCUCAUAUGGCGUUUUGUCCUCUGAGAGGCUCUCCGUUGGCAUUCUGUUCCUCAGAUAUGCCGCUGUGUCCAUGGCGAACGGCCAGAAGGCCUUGGUGAUGCCAUGACAAAGGAGUAGGGCGGUCCCUUUCUCCAGGAGUGUGCGGUUCAUUCGCUCGGCGACACCAUUCUCUCGAGGUGUGUAGGGCGCACUAAACUGACGUUUGAUGCCCCUAUCGAUACACUCUUGUUCAAACGAACCAGCAGAGAGCUCUUGAGCCCAAUCUGAUCUGAUCGUUUCAGGUGUCUUGCCCCAUUCGCCGCACAGCCGCCUCAGCGCAGCUGCCGACUCAUCUCGGGUUCUGAGCAUGUACACCGCCACCAUCUUGGUGUACUCAUCCGUGUACGUGAUGAAGUACUGGAAGCCGCCCGGCGACGAGUUCGGCAUCGGGCCACAGAUGUCUGUGUGCACCAAUUCGAAAGGUCGCGUGCACUCAGGUGACUCAUCACAGUCAGCAGCAGGAGGCAGCUGUGUGCUUUUUGCCUUGAUGCAGAUCUCACAGGGGUCCUCUGCCCGUGAGGGCGCAGGUGGAGCCAU